AUGGAAAAGUGGAACGGAAAAGUAGCUCUGGUAACCGGUGCCAGUUCGGGAAUAGGUCGCGACGUAGCCUUGGCACUAGCGGACGCCGGUAUGCUGGUAGUUGGAAUUGCCAGGCGGGUGGAACUGAUCGAAAUGUUGGCCAACAAGAUCACCGGAAGUGGUAAAGUUUUCGCCAGGAAAUGCGAUGUAUCCCAUGAAUCUGAACUAUUGGAAACAUUCGAGUGGAUCCGAAAGACACUGGGUGGAGUUGAUGUGCUGAUAUGUAAUGCUGGCGUCUUUCGGUGUAAUUUUGUAACGCAAAGCGAUACUUCGGAUUUCCGUGAUACUUUUAAUGUGAACGUCGUGGGUACGUGUGUUUGUAUUCGGGAAGCGGUGAAAAAUAUGAAAGAACGUGCCGUUCCAGGGCACAUUUUCAUUGUCAACAGUAUUCUGGGGAAACGUAUCCCGGACGUUACGGUGCCGAUGUUCGGCACAUAUCCUGCGUCGAAGUUUGCUCUCACCGGACUAGCGGAAGUGGUUCGCAAGGAAUUGAUAUACUUCAAGCUACCGAUCAGGCUAACCAGUAUUCAUCCGGGAAUGGUUCAAACUGAUAUAAUUAAGGUAUUCGAUUCUGCUCUAGCUCAACGAUUGCCAAAGCUGGAGGUUUUUGACGUAACAGCCAACAUUUUGCAUUGCUUAGGAACACCGCUGGACGUUCACAUCGAUGAGAUGAUUAUCAUGCCUGCCAUGGUACCAUUCACGUAG